AUGGCCACCACCGCCGCCGGUCGCAUGCUGUCACGGCAGCUGCAGCAGAUGCAAUCCGACAAGGACAUCCCGGGCAUCAGCUGCGGGUUGGUGGACAGCAACGUCUUCGAGUGGGAGGUGAUGCUCAUGAUCUCCGAUGAUGUCAAGCUUUACGGCGGCGGUUUCUUCCGCGCCCGACUCUCCUUCCCCCCGGAUUACCCCCACAUGCCGCCGAAGAUGAAGUUUGAGACUCCUCUCUUCCACCCGAACAUCUACCCCAACGGCGACGUCUGCAUCUCCAUCCUCCACCCGCCCGAGGAGGACAAGUACGGCUACGAAUCCGCCGCCGAGCGCUGGUCCCCCGUGCAGACCCCCGAGACGAUCCUGCUCUCCGUCAUCUCCAUGCUGUCCAGCCCCAACGACGAGAGUCCCGCCAACGUCGAGGCCGCGCGGUUAUGGCGCGAGAAUCCCCAGGAAUUCAAGAAGCGGGUGCGCAAGUGCGUUCGCGAUAGCUUGGGCGAGGAGUAGACCUUUUGAUGGGUUGGUGGUUUCCCUUCCGAUGUGGUAGAGAGAUUUCUUUCGCAUUCGUGCAUUGCGCGGGCAAGCGUUUGGCGCAGUCUAUGGGUACAUCUUUCUUUUUUUUUUUUUCGUCUUGCGUAUUACUUCGUGAGGUUGUGACUUAUGAUUUACACGGCUGUGGUUUUUUUCUGUGUGCUGCGGUUUG